GGCUGCCCAAGUGUGGAGAGGCCAGGGGAGCCCAAGGCUGUGGUGUAUGAGGCCCCAGGGUUUCAGGGCCGGAGUUGGGAAGUGAACAGAGACAUCUACAACCUGCAGCAGCCAGAGGAUAGCCAGAGCCCCAACUUGGCGUCUGUGGGGUCCCUGCGAGUUCUCGGGGGCUGCUGGGUGGGCUACGAGAAGGAGGGUUUCCGGGGUCACCAGUAUCUGCUGGAAGAGGGAGAAUACACUGAUUGGUCACGUUGGGGAGGCUAUAACGAGGUGUUGACCUCCCUGCGGGUCAUCAGAACGGACUUCGGGGACCCGGCCGUGGUGCUGUUUGAGGCCAUGGACUUCGAGGGUCCGGGCGUGGAGGUGAGCAAGGCACUGCCAGACGUGGAGCUAGCGGGACACGGCCCCAGAACGCAGGCCAUCCACGUUCUCAGCGGCGUGUGGGUGGCGUAUCAGGAGGUGGGCUUCUCCGGGGAGCAGUACGUGCUGGAGAAGGGCGUGUACCGCAACUGCGACGACUGGGGCUCGGGCAACAGCGCCCUCGCCUCGCUGCAGCCGGUCCUGCAGGUCGGGGAGCACAAUCUGCACUUUAUCUCAAAGAUUCAGCUUUUCUCCGGCCCCGACUUCCUGGGUGACCACAUCUCUUUUGAAGAUGACCAGAGCGCUCUGCCCACCUCCUUCCAGCCCCAGUCUUGCCGAGUCCACGGCGGCAGCUGGAUCCUGUUUGAGGAGAAGAACUUUGAGGGUGAGCAGUACAUUGUGUCUGAGGGCGAGUUCCCUACUCUUACAGCCAUGGGCUGCCUGGCCUCCACAGUCCUGGGCUCUCUCCGGAAGGUGCCCCUGCACUUUUCCGAGCCAUCCAUUUUCCUGUAUGGACUGGAGUGCUUCGAGGGCAAGGAGAUUGAGCUCAGCGGGGAGGUGCGGAGCCUGCAGGCCGAGGGCUUCAACAAUCAUGUGCUGUCCGUGCGGAUCAAGGGGGGCGUCUGGGUGCUAUGCGAGCACAGCGACUUCCGGGGCCGCCAGUGGCUGGUGGGCAGCUGUGAGAUCACCAACUGGCUGACAUACAGCGGGACCCAGCGGGUGGGCUCCCUCUACCCCAUCAAGCAGCGCCGGGCUUAUUUUCGCCUCUGGAAUGCGGCACUGGGGGGAUUCCUGACUGUGCCGGACCACGUGGAAGACAUGAAGGCGGGCCGCGUGGUGGUCUCUGAGCCCCAGGCCGGAGGCAGCAACAUCUGGUUCUACGAGGAUGGGCUACUGAAGAACCAGGUGGCCCCCACUAUGAGCCUGCAGGUGAUUGGCCCCCCCAGCACAGGCUCCAAGGUGGUGCUGUGGGCUGAGAGCCGCCUGCCCCGCCAGACAUGGAGCAUCAGUGAGUUGGGCCACAUCUGCAGCCAGAUGUUUGAAGGUCGGAUCCUAGAUGUGAAGGGUGGCCGGGGCUACGACCGGGACCAUGCAGUGCUGUGGGAGCUGGCCAAGGACAGGGCGUCCCAGAUCUGGACUGUCCAUGUGCUUUGAAGCCUCCCUGCCACCCCCCAGCCCUGGAGGCUCUCCCUGGGAUGACAUGUUUUUAUAGGGUUUUUUGUUGUAACAUAAACUGUUUUAUACUAUGCUCCCAGG